AUGGGCAAACGGGGUGGCAAAAAGUUUAAUCGUGGAGGCAGAGGUGGCGGCGGUGGCCGCUCAGAGCGCUCCACCAAUUGGCAAGACAUCAGUCGGACCAACGAGAGACUCCAGAGCUACUACAAUGAGCCUGAAUUUAUCCCAGAAGAGGAGAGGGAGCAGUUUUGGGCUGCCAUGCAGAGAGAUCUCCCGAACAGCUUCCGCUUCACGGGCUCGCGUGGACAUGCGCUUGCUGUCCAAGAACGUCUGAAGGACUUCUAUAUCCCCGAGAUCACCUCAAUCAAGUAUGAAGGCGAGUUGGUCGAGCCGCCGCGCCCGGUGUCAUGGUACCCCGACCAGCUUGCUUGGUCGAUGACCACUCCCAAGCAGGUCAUUCGCCGUCAUGCCCCCUUCGCUUCGUUCCAAAAGUUCCUUGUCGCCGAGACCGAAGUCGGAAACAUCAGUCGCCAGGAGGUUGUCAGCAUGAUUCCUCCGCUUCUCAUCGACAUCCGCCCUGGAAUGACCGUUCUGGACAUGUGCGCUGCACCGGGAAGCAAGUCUGCGCAGUUGAUGGAGGCUCUCCAUGCUGGGGAAGAGGAUGCGCUUCUGCAGGUUGCUAAGCAGGUUAAGGAGGGCACCGCUGGACCCGAGCCUUUGGGCCCUGAGGGCUUGAACGACGACGGUCGCACUACUGGUCUGUUGAUCGCCAACGACAGUGACUACAAGCGCGCACACAUGUUGAUUCACCAGAUGAAGCGUUUGAGCUCGCCCAAUCUGAUUGUGACGAACCAUGAUGCUACCAUGUACCCGUCCAUCAAGCUUCCCCCUCUCCCCACCGCCGAGGGAAAGCGACCUCUGAACCGAUACCUGAAGUUUGACCGUAUCCUCGCCGAUGUUCCUUGCUCUGGUGACGGCACUGCUCGGAAGAACGUCGGAGUGUGGAAGGACUGGAGCCCGACUAACGCUCUUGGCCUCUACGUUACCCAAGCUCGUAUUUUGGUCCGCGCCUUGCAGAUGCUCAAGGUUGGUGGACGUGUCGUCUACUCUACUUGUAGUAUGAACCCCAUUGAGAAUGAGGCUGUCAUUGCUAGUGCAAUUGAGCGCUGCGGUGGUGCCGCCAAUGUUAAGAUUCUUGACUGCAGCCAAGAGCUACCCGGCUUGAAGCGUCGGCCUGGCCUGAAGAGCUGGAAGGUCAUGGACCGCGAGGGCCGCAUCUGGAGCAGCUGGAAGGAUGUCACGGAGCAAAGAGAGCAGGAGAGCGGUAAUGGCUUGGCCCGGUUGGCUGAGGGCAUGUUCGCUCCUACCGGCGAAACAGCUGAUCUGCCACUCGAGCGCUGCAUGCGCGUCUACCCCCAUCUCCAGGAUACUGGUGGUUUCUUCAUCACUGUUCUUGAGAAGACCUCUGAGAUCAAGGCUAAGCCCGAGAACUCUGCGAACGUCAUUCCCCUCCUUCCCAGGGGUUCUGUUGCGGCUCUUGCCGCAGAGCUUGACUCCCGCAACAACGAGAAUGGGGAGCCUUACCAGAAGCUGGAGGCGCUGGACGACCUUGUUCCUGCCGACAAGGAGGCCGAGCUGGAGGCUGCGAAGAACGCAACCGUUGCCGAGGCCACCCACCAGCCCCCAUACUCUGUGACUCUCGACGCUUCGCAGCCUGCGUCACCUGUCAAGCGCGAGGGUGAUGAAUUGGAAGAGGAGCUUCCUGCCAAGAGGACUAAGCUCGAGAAUGGGAGUGAGGUCCUGGUCGGUGACCGUCCGGUUCACCGUCCUGCCCCAUCGGUGGAGGUCGAGCAUGCCGACACUCCGACUGAUACUACGACUCCCUCUCAGGCGACCCCUGCUCCAUUGGCCCAGGGCUUCAAGAAGAAGGUCGUUCAGGAGGAGCCUUAUAAAUAUCUGGACCCCAAUCACGAAGAGCUGCAGCCUAUCUACAACUUCUUUGAGCUGUCAGAACGGUUCCCUCGGGACCGAUGGAUGGUGCGCAAUGCGGAGGGCAACCCGACCAGGACGGUUUACUACACCAGCGCUCUGGCUAGGGAUAUCCUCACCCAGAACGAGCGCUCGGGUAUCAAGUUUGUCCACUGCGGUGUCAAGAUGUUCGUGAAGCAGGAUGCGCAGCGGGAGCACGUCUGUCGCUGGCGUAUCCAGACGGAUGGAUUGAAGAUCAUUGAGCCCUGGUUGGGCGAUAUCCGCACCGUCACGCUGACCCAGCGGGAGACCCUGCGCCGACUGCUCAUCGAGAUGUUCCCGAAGGUCAACGAUGACGGCUGGAAGCAGCUCGACGAGAUCGGCGAGCGCGUGAAGGACAUUCCCAUGGGCUGCAGUAUUCUGCGCAUUGAGCCCAGCGGCAAAGAUGAUGGUCUUACCGAGCGGAUGGUUCUGCCCCUCUGGCGCUCCCUGCACUCUAUCAACCUGAUGCUUCCCAAGGAAGAGCGUCGGGCUAUGCUACUGCGUAUCUUCAACGAUUCCACCCCAGUGAUCAACGUGACCCAGAAGAGCCAGAAGUCGCAGCAAACACAGGCCGAGCCCCUUGUUGAACCCACCGUUGCGGUCGAGGACGCUGCGCUAAAGAAGGAAAACCUCGCGUUGGGUCAGGACGAGCAAGAGCAGAUGGACACGCGCGAGACGUAUUUCAAGGCCGGCGAUGAGGAGGACCAGUUCAACACGACUGUUUAG